AUGAAAGUCCAAAAAGGGCUCGAUAAAGAUGAUCCAAACAGCUCAAUUGAUAGUUUGUCUAGCCCUUCCAAGUCCGUUACUAAUGACAAACUUGAAAUAAAUUUAUCAAAUGAAGUCCAACAAUUAUUAGAUGAAGAAAAAGCACCGCCCAAAUCUCCUUCCGAUCACAAUCUUACUAGUCUUCUCAAAGAAGUUGAAGACUCUACAAUAAUUGCUAAUAAUGAGUCACAAGAACAAAAUGAAUCAAAAUCUCCAGAAGAAAAUCCACAACCGGAGACACAAAACACCACAAUUAGCGAUAAUACAACAGAUACAACGCUUUCAACUUUAAAUACUAAAGAAUUAAUACAAUCUGAAUUAUCCACACCUGUUAACCACGAAAAUAACGAAAAUCAAACGACAACGAACGAAGUUAAAGAACAAUUACCCGAUAACCAAGAAAAUCCUACAAUAUCAAAUGAAACAACCAUAGAAAAUACAAAUUCAACAAUUUUAAACGAAACAGCUAUGAAUGAGACAACAAAUGACAACGAAAAUAACAACGAAUUACUAACAACAGAACUUCCCAUUGAGUCUCUCAACAUUUCUCAUAAUUCUGAUAAAUCAUCUGAUUCAUUUCCGAAAUUACCACAAGAUUGCAGACUAAAUUUAGGUGGAAUAUCAACACUUUCUCCAAGUGAAGAUCAGGGACCAUGUUAUACAUACUCAAUGCCAGGAAAUCUUCAAAGAAUCGUUUAUCAUUCGCCAGAUUCUUUAAUUUGCCAGGCUUUAGCUCAGCAUCAGCUUCCUUUACUUACAAAAGAAGAUAAGACUCACUUAUUAUCCGAUCUUUACAAGUAUACAUCGAUUUGUUCGAGCAAAGGAUUAAUUUUCGAAGCUGCUUAUAUAAAUUCAGUAGCAGAGAACCUGAAAAACUCACCAGACUAUAUUCCAACACGAUUAGAUAUGAAGAGAUGCAACGAAAACCUUGCUUACGCAGAACAAGAAAUAAAAGAUCAGACAGAGUAUUGGGAGAACCAAACGAAACUUAUAGAAACAGAAUAUAGUACAGGCCUUAAGGAACUUGAGCUCAAACUUCUUCACGAACAAGAUAUGUUAGACCAUGAAUGGCAAUCUCAAAAGAAAAUCCUCAAAUAUUCAAAGCCAUCGCCCGCUCUCCUUAACGCGAGAUAUUCCGCUUCGCAACUCAUCAGGCAGAGGGACUUUGAAAAGGCAAAAAAAGCCGGGGAAGUCAUCAGAACGAUAGAAAAAGUGGAAUCUGCCGAAGCCGAAAAAAGGAUGAAAGAAGGAUAUUUGGCAGCCGAUAACCUUCUUACCAAAAAGUACGAAAUGGAGUGUAGUACGAAAGGAGUUAUAAGAGAGAAGAAGCUUUGCUCCGCGCAGAUCGCAAAAGAAAGGUCAAUGAAACCUGUAGUUAAAAGAUUUCAGAAAUUGACAGCAGAAAAGGAGAAAUUAACGAAUAUUGAGAAGUCAGCACAGCUCGUUAAGACAAGACCAGUGCCUGUAAUCCCUUCUGACGCAAAUUCUCCGUUCAUUGAUUUGAAUUCAACACCAAAGUUGAAGUUGACUCCAAUAACACCAAUAAACAGAAAAAGGAGUGCAACAGCCACAGGAAACACUUCUUCUUUGCAGUCUUCAAGGAGAAGUAAACAAUCAAUGAGAAGUCCAUCAAGACUUGGUCAGCGAAAUUAA